UGAAGUGCUUACAUGUUGGUUAACACACCAGACACAUUUGGCGCAGAGAUGUCAGAAAUUAAAAGCUGGGCGUUUUGGAGGGCCGUGGCUGCAGAAUUUGUUGGCAUGUUACUUUUCAUAUUCAUUGGUCUAUCUGCUAUCAUUGGAAAAGAUGCAACUGGUUCCCUGGAGAAGAUUGCUCAGGAGCUGAAGGUCGCGCUGGCCUUUGCGCUGGCCAUCGCCACUCUGGCUCAGAGUUUGGGGCACGUUAGUGGCGCACACUUGAACCCUGCGAUCUCUCUGGGCCUGCUGGUCAGCUGCCAGAUCAGUGCCCUCAGGUGUCUUUGCUACAUUUUGGCUCAGAUGCUUGGGGCAGUUGCAGCUAGUGCCAUUGUGAGUGGAUAUAGCAAAAAAGGUUCCCUUGGUGUAAACGUGCUACACGUGUCUAAAGGACAAGGCUUCAUCAUCGAGUUCCUCGCCACUCUUCAGCUGGUUCUUUGUGUGAUAGCGGUGACUGACAAGCGGCGAAGUGAUGUUACAGGUUCUGCACCGCUGGCUAUUGGGCUGUCUGUGGGGCUUGGGCACUUUGCAGCUAUAAGUUUCACUGGAUGUGGCAUCAAUCCUGCUCGCUCCUUCGGACCAGCUUUGAUACGUAGUGAACUGAAGGACCACUGGGUGUACUGGCUGGGGCCCAUGUGUGGCGGCAUAGCAGCGGCUCUUAUCUAUGAUUUCCUUCUGUGUCCACGAACACAGACCUUCAGUAGGCGCAGGGACGUCCUGCUUCAUGGUCCAGAGGAUCAAAGCGAUGCAGUUGAAAUAAUUGGAGAGGGCAACAGCAGCCCAGGGCCAAGUCAGUGGCCAAAACACUGAACGACAUGCAGCAUUUUAUUUUUUUUGUAUUGACAUUCACACACAUUAACAAUCAACUUUACAAAACAACACAAUACAAAGAACGUCAAAGAGAGGCUUCACGCAACAUCACAUAGAUGCACAUAACAUUUUAGCAUACCUAUAAAUGUCUAUGCUUUCAUAUGGCUUUCAUAUGUUUUUGUAGUUUGCUUUCAUAAUAUGUAUUUUUUUUUUUUAAUUUUAUCAGUGACAAUAUAAUAAAGAUUCUUUUUUAUCUUA